AUGAGCCGCCACAACCCGUUCCGCACGCCCGGCGUCACCCCGCAGCCCACCGGCGCCUCCACAUUCACAUUCACAUCCCCAUCCACCUCCGCACCCCCUCCCGCAUCGCCACAUCCAAACCCAAAUCCACCCUACGCGCCCCCACCCGGCCCACCCCCCUCAUCCACCGCCGAGGCUCACGACGACCUCCCCGAAAUCCCCGAAGACCUCCCCGCCCUCCCGGACGAGCCGCCCCCCGCGUACUCGAGCGCGCCCGACCCGUGGCGCGGCGAGGCGACGAUCGAGCUCGGCCCGCGCAGGCCCUUCCAGCAGCCCCCUGCCCCUGCUCCUGCCCCUGCCCCGCCCGCGCCUCCUGGACCACCCCAAUCCCAGCCCCCACCCGGCGCGUCGAGCUACCCCGGGUCGGUGUACCGGCAGCACACGGGUGCGCCGCCGCCGCCGCCGCAGCACCCGCACACGCGCCGGCGCUCUGCUGCCGGUGGUUCGGCGCAUACGCCGACACCUGCGCCGUUGUCGGACUUUGCGAGGGAUUUCUACGCCGCGGGGGCGGAUGGGGGUGGCGAUGCAGGCACCGGUGCUGCUGCGCAGCCCAGCCAGGGCGCGUACCAGCCGCGGUAUGCGCCGCCGCCCGGGCCACCGCCGCGAAGCCCUGGGGGCGGGGUCCCGGACGAUGGACGGCCGACGAGGACGCCCGUACCGGGGCAUCCGCUGCUGAGGGACGGGCGGCUGCUGGUGUACCCCGGCGGGUACGAGUGUCACAAAUGUGCGUCGCGCCCUCGAUCUACUUAUGCCAUGGUCCCGUCUAUAUCGACGCCCGCAGGCCGCAACACGGGGUACAGGAACUUUGACCCGUCGCACCCGUGCGGCAAGUGCUGGGACAGGUACGCGAAGCCGUUCGCGGGCGCGGUGGCGUACGCCGACUGGGCCUCGCCGGCCUCCGCGUCGUCGGGGAAGACGUUCCAGCGCCCGCUGCCCUCUUUCUCCCCGCCGCACCUCUCCUCCCCCAACUCCUCCUCCUCCCACCUGCGCCCGCCUGCUACUGCCCCGCCCCGCCCGCAUUCGUACGCAGGAUACGAAUCUCCAUCCCCCGGGUUCACCACGGCGUACGCGCAGGCGCCGCCGGCGGGCGCGGCGGUCGUGCAGCCGGGGGACCCGCGCAUCGGCGGGAACUUGUGCUGGCAGUGUGGCGGGAGCGGGCGGGUGCCGGUGUUUUUGCUGAUGGAGGAGCGGUGCGGGGUGUGCGGGGGGCUGGGGAGGGUGUUUGCGUGA